AUGGCUCUUCGCUGGAAUGGGUUCAGGUCACUCCUUCUGUCCUCCCGGCCCGCCACGGUGAACUUCGUGCCAAAGGUCCCCCGCGCAUCCGUCAGGACCGAGUCGAUACUAUCACCACCCUCCUCCCAUCCUUUCCGUCCCCCUAACGCCCACGCUUGGAUUUGGCGCUCCAGACUAUGGCUCUUUCCAGUCGCAGGAGGGAUUUUUCUGUACCUGUCUCCAAGUCCACAACCACAUCUGUCCACUCUCUUUGCGUCGCCAACCCUCAUACCUUGUCCAGACACCCAGAAACGUGUCAGGGACUUCGCGAACGAGGACCUGAUUGGAUCACCUGCAGAACCCCACCUCUCAGUCAUCUCCCGAAUACUGAGUCUACUUCAGGACUAUGUCUUGGAUCCUGUGAUGACUGCAAAGCGUUUCUUACAGCUGUUCUUUCUCUUCCUACCGGUCAUUGCCACGAUGCCAAUGUUGCUGGUUGGUAAUCCAGAAAGGGGAUUGCAAGGAGACCGUUGGGGUGCCGUCUGGUGGUACGGAUUGUUGGUCUCCAAAAUGCAGGUAGCGGGUCCCACUUUUAUAAAGCUUGCCCAAUGGGCUGCGACCCGUCCUGACCUCUUUCCUACUUUACUCUGUGACAAACUUGGAGAAUUGCAUUCCAAGGGGAGACCUCAUCCAUUAGAAUUUACAAUAUACGGCUUGGAAAAGGUCUUCCAGAGGCCAUUUAGCGAAAUUUUCGAAGAGUUCGACCAGAAUCCCAUCGGUACCGGUGCAAUAGCGCAGGUUUACAAAGCUACCCUUCGGCCAGACGUUAUACCACCGUCGUAUCUCGGUCCAAAACGCUCGCCAAAAAUGGCUGGUUCGUUGAAUCCUGUCAUGUUAGACCAACCGCUACCGUCAGUACCAACCGCCGCAGUCGCCGUAAAGGUUCUCCAUCCAAGUGUCGCCAAACUAAUCGCGCGUGACCUCUCGAUCAUGUCGUUUUUCGCCCAUGUCAUCACUCUCCUCCCCGGCAUGCGCUGGAUUUCCUUACCUGAGGAGGUCGCUGUCUUCGGUGAUAUGAUGCGUCAACAACUAUGUCUCCGUCGCGAAGCGGGAAACUUGGUUACGUUCGAGCAAAACUUUGCGCCGCGCACUCUUCCUGUCACCUUUCCAAGGCCCCUCGAGGAAUUUUCUACCUCUGAGUUACUUGUAGAGGAAUAUGAACGAGCUCUGCCAUUAGAACUGUUCUUGAAGAACGGUGCUGGGCCAUUCGACAAACAACUGGCUACCAUCGGUCUCGAUGCUUUUCUGAACAUGCUCUUGCUUGAUAACUUUGUCCACGCAGAUCUUCACCCAGGAAAUAUCAUGGUCAAGUUCACGCGGUCGCUUACAAGUUAUGAUCUCCUACGUAGUCUUUUCGACAAUUUCUUUAACAAAAGAGACGGGACCGCGUCCACGCUCCAUCAUCAGUCAGAAUCCGAUCAGAUUGUCUCCCAACUGCAAGAACUUCGAGGCAAACCUGUAGAGUGGCGAAAGGAACUGCAGAGGGUCUGCGACGGCGGAUACAUCCCUGAAAUUGUCUUCAUUGAUACCGGUUUGGUGACCACUCUCAAUGCCCAGAACCGUCGGAAUUUUUUGGAUCUUUUCCGUGCCGUGGCCGAAUUUGAUGGCUAUCGCGCCGGACAGCUCAUGGUCGAACGAUGCCGCACUCCUGAUCUCGUCGUAGAUGCCGAGACAUUCGCGCUCAGGAUGCAACAUAUCGUGCUCGGCGUGAAGCGCAAGACUUUUUCGCUUGGUCAAAUCAGAAUUUCGGAUAUCUUGACCGAGGUUUUGAAGGCUGUCCGGCAACACCAUGUGAAAAUGGAGGGAGAUUUUAUCAACACAGUGAUAUCUAUCUUGCUGCUGGAGGGUAUAGGGCGACAACUUGACCCGACAUUGGACUUAUUCAAGAGCGCCUUACCAAUUCUAAGACAACUCGGAAGGCAAAUGACAUUGGAAGAAUCUAUUGCCCACCUGCCGUCCGACAACCUCGGGGCUUUCCUGAAGGUCUGGGUAUGGGUUGAAGCCAGACAGUUGGCUUCGGCCGCAUUUGUCGAUGUGGACGACAUGGUGAAGUACGGCUGGCUCACUCCUAGCGUAUGA